AUGGACCAACCUCUGCGGUGUUACUUCAUGCACCUUUUCAUCUGGAUCAUGACAGCAGUUUCCGGAACCAUCUUACCAAACCUGAAGCCAAAAGUGUUAGAAGAAGCCAACUCUGGUUGUGAAGACAUACCACACCCACUCACUCGAUCUCAGGUGCUCUUGGAUACUAUUUCGCCAUGUCUGACGGAAACCUUCAUUCCAGCUCAUUCGCUUAAUCCACCAGAACGCUCAUAUCCUCAUGCGCUCUCCCGAUCAAGACUACCAGAUCACGCUGGGCCUUCAUCUUCACCAUUUCCGCACCCCAUUUCAACGACACACGUGUUUCAAGAGAUUCCAGCAAGUUCACAAGCACCUGCAGCGAAACGCAAAUGCCAGCAAAUCUCAAUGAACUCUUCACCUUCAAGCUCGAGCACAACAUCUACGUCGAGUGAUAACAGCAUUCGUAAAAGGCCCAAGCAAGAACAGUUUGAUCCGUUUGAACUUGUGAACGGAAAACGAGCUGGAUAUAGUAGCCUCAAUCAUCUCGAUGCCGGCCAGCUCGCUACAGAACAGCGAGGCCCGAAACGCGGAUCGUAUGUGCUCAAGCUAAACCGACCCAAACAACCCAAUAGUCUCUAUUUUACACCGGGUUUGACUUAUCUAUCCUUCAUUAAGAAAGCUUAUGACAGAUUCGAAGCGAAGUUGGCUUCAUUGACAUUGGAUGUCACCCAGUUGCGCAAUAAACUUCAACACCCGCUCGAGAUGAUCAACAUGCAUUGGUCAUUCGAUCGACCAGAUAAGGUAGUCAGAGUGAAGCAUUCUUCAACAGAAGCCGUCCAAAGUUUUACGAAUUGGAAAACGCUUUACAGGGUCUUGAUAGGAUGGAUUUAUGAAAGACAUGAAAAACUUAUGAACAAUUUCAAUCUGCCAACAUACGUCCAGAGGUUUCAACACGAGAAAUUGAUCAGCUGGCUGGAUCAACAAAUCUUUUCGCCCCCGACCGGCCUUCCGAUUAUGGGGAGGAUCGAUGUCCCUAAUGAGCUUUCGUGGAGAAACCAUCGAUUCCCGUUGAUCCAGUUACAAUUAAUCAAGUACUUCGCCCAUGAUGUAGACAUGAAUCUCCUCGCACCGACUACUGCUUUGAGUGUGAUUGCAGCAUUCCAGACGCAGUAUAUCAGCGAUUAUGUGGCCUCACGGUACUUCUUGGAAGCUUCAACGCGAAUAUCCACAAGUGCUGAGUUCCAGAUGCUCCGAUCUUUUCUAAUCAACUCACUUGGGCCAGAGCAACGACAAACACUGGGGCACCAUGGCUCAUUCGGUACCAAGGACCCGAUCUUCCAGUCAACCUUCAAACGGUUUCACGAUAAUCUUACAGCAACAAGUUUACGGAAAUUGGAAGUGAAAAGUUUCCAUCCAAAAUUACCGAUAGCCAUGUACUUCGUCGACAAGAAAUCCGACCGUCUACCUUUCCGAGUUUUGUCUCGCGAUGAUAGGUCAGCGAUCAAGAAUAGAGUGUUCAAUUCGAUGUUUAAGAGGUUGGCCAAGGCGAUGAAGAUCUUCCAUCUCAAGAUCCUCAGUCUUUUGGAUAUCAAAACACCGGAAACGAUUCGGACAAGAACAGAAGAAAUGCUUCAAUGGCUUCUCAAAAGUAUCAUCGAACCAAAAGACAGUCUUUGCGUAAUUGGCCACGCGAGAAUCAAUGGGGACUUUGCCCCCUGGGAGGACAUCACCAAUGGAGCUUUGAACUUGUAUGGACAAGCUCAGCUGGAAUUGAUUGACUACUUCUCUACAAGAUUUUCCAAUCCUAUUCUGGAAAGCUCGGCAGUUUUCAUUCUCUGCUUAUGGUAUAAAUACUAUCACCCAAAGGAGUUUAAUUAUUUGGCUGCACAAUCACAUGAGCAUCAUUCAUCACUUGCUACUCAAGAAGCAAACCAAAAUGUUUAA